UUCUGUGCUCUUUAAUUAUUUUUUCCUGUCUUCUGUUUAAACUAACAAUUCACUUGUAAUAAAUGUGCAAAACGAAGUUUUCAUCGGUAAAAAAAAUUUAUCUAACAUUAAUCCUAUAUUGUUCUUCUCACUGCAACGGGAAUAAACGAGGAAAUUAAAAACUGUACACGUCAUAUUUCUGUUCGAAAUGACGAAUCGAUGUCACCGACGUCACAGUUUAUCGCGUUUCCAACCAGUAGCAAGAAAGUAGUAACAGUAUCAAAUUCGUAAGUACACAGUUUCGCUAUUGUGUAUUUUCCUUGACAGUUUUUGUAGUUCUUCGUGUCGAAUGAAUUAGAAUUUUCGUCGAAAAUGAGGUUUGUUAUCGUUUUUCAAAUUCUAUUUUUAGUGGUAAAUUCUUGUCGAGAGUUUUGGAAAAAUUGGGGAAAUUUUUCUUGUACGUCAUGGGGAGACAGCUGCUACGAAUUAAAGAACUUUUCCUCCGUUGAAAUAUUCGAUCGAUCCUUACGGCUCAAUUGUGGCAACCGAACGACUGACUCUCGUUUCAUGCGAUGCUUGAAUGUUAAAAAUGUACUGUACAACAGAUAAAACUUACAGAUUGUUAUCUGUCGGCGAUUGACUUUGGAAUCUUCACUUUCGGAUAUAAAAUCGAUCACGUCAGGAUAUUGUACGAAACAUAUCAGGAUAACAGAAACUUCGAGAGCGCCUCGUUUAAUAACAUGUCCUCUCUGCGAUCAGUCGAAAUACGAAACAUGAGAACGUCGGAAAUUCUAAACUUAACAUUUCGCAAUGUUCCAUUACUGACUUCAUUGAGAAUUACAUUAUAUAACUUCACUUUAUUUCCGAACAAACCUUUCCGAGAGUUAAUUAAACUUUCCGAAUUAUACAUCACGCAAGGAAAGUUAAGAGUUUUACCCGAAGAUCUAUUUUAUAAUCUUCAUAGUUUGACCAAACUUGACAUAAGUCACAAUAGAAUUGAAUCGAUUCAUCCAUUUCUCUUUAGAAAUCUCACCAAACCCGAAUAUUUGGAUUUGGGAAUGAAUGAAAUAAAGGAUUUACCAGGUGAGAUGUUGAAAGGUCUUUCUAGUUUAAGGACAUUUUCUAUUAGCGGAAACCAAAGAUUAUCACAAAUUCCGUUCGGAUUCUUUAAAAAACUGCACAACUUGACUACAUUUUAUGCGUGUUGUUGUUUCUUUUCUUCACUCGAAGAAGAUGUAUUUUCUGAUUUAAUUAAUUUGAUAGACGUCGAUUUAAGUGUCAACCAAAUUGAACAACUCCCGCCAAAUCUUCUGAGAAAUAACAAACGACAUACAGAAUUCUCCUGUUAAGGUAAUAAAAUAGCAACGAUUCCAACAGAAAUUUUUCACGGACUUUCCGAACUGCGUUGGUUAAGUUUGUAGAAAAACCGGUUAGAAAAUUUUACCGAGGAUGUUUUUCUGAAUUUGUCGUCACUGCGGACUCUUAAGUUAUCAGAAAAUCGCCUGACAUUUUUGCCCCGAAACCAUCUUCCUCCCAUUGACUAAUUUAACGAGUCUCGAUCUA